AUGGACGAUGAUGUUAUCGAGCUGAACGUCGGUGGAACGCACUAUAGCACCAUUCGGCGGACGUUACUAAAAGAACCUGACACUGUACUCUACAGAAUAGCAAGCUCUUCGAAAGCUUUACCAAAAGGAGUAGUUCAACUAGACAACAACAAGUAUUUCAUCGAUCGAGAUGGUCCUUUAUUCUCUCACAUUCUAAACUAUCUGAGGACAGAAAAACUCAUAUUGCCUGAAGGAUUCUCAGAAACCAGUCGUCUCAGGAAUGAGAUUGAAUUCUAUGAAAUCGAGAAACUACGAAACGAACUUGUUCCACAGCUAACAACCCUAACCUCAAUAAAGCCGAAAGUCUCGAAUGGAGGCUUAUAUCCGACAAAUGAAACUGGCGGCUACAUUACUCUGGGCUAUCGAGGCACUUUCGCAUUUGGAAGAGACGGGCAAGCCGACGUGAAGUUCCGGAAAUUGCAUAGAAUCCUCGUUUGUGGAAGGGCGACGUUAUGCCGAGAGGUUUUUGGCGAGACACUGAAUGAAAGUCGUGAUCCUGGUGGGCCAGAUGAUGGCGAACGUUAUACCUCCAGACUAUAUCUCAAACAUCAAUGUCUUGAACGAGCAUGUGACGUAAUGGCUGAAAAAGGCUUCAAAUUGGUCGCCACUUGUUGCAGUGGUGCUAACGGGCUCGCUGCUGCUACUCAUUCCAUCGUCGCCGGUGCUCUAAGUGGAGCUAGCACAACGGAUCUGAUGAACCAUCGAAAUUGUGGCGAUUACGAAGAACAACGAUGGGCGCACUAUACGGAGUAUGUGUUCUAUCGGGAAAGUCAAGGAGGAAUCCUUACACCUUCACCCAGAGAUCUCUAG